CUAUCUCGCGCGAGUAACAAGCACGCGAGACAAGAGGGAGGAAGAGGAGGAGUGGACGACGACGAGGAGGAGGAGAAGGUGGAGGAGGACAAGAAGCAGAAGAAGAAGAGGAGAAGGUGGUGGAGGAGGGCGAGCGACGGUGCGAGAAAGAGGUGGAAGAAAGCGGAAAAGAAAAUAACGGCGCGGACGGAGCGCGGGCGCGCGAGCGAGAGGGACAGCGCGAGAGGGACAGGCGAGCCUGCUGCUGAGCGAGAGAGUGUAGGAGUGUGAGGCGCCCGCUCGUCAUUUAUCCUAAUACAGCAUGACCUCCAACAAUUCGCAGAAACUCCCCACGACGGACCGAGUGAUCAAAAAUGUCCCGUUUCCACCGUCGCAUAAAAUGACAGUGGCAGAAGUCUUCGACGAACGAACAGGAUCCCCGCGGCCGGAAGUCCUCAAGCAACACUUUAUCCUCGAAGGUAGGAUCGACGAGGCUGCGGCUCUUCGUAUAAUCAACGAUGGAGCUGCCCUUCUACGCUCGGAGAAGACUAUGAUAGACAUCGAGGCUCCGGUCACCGUAUGCGGCGACAUUCACGGACAGUUCUACGACCUGAUGAAAUUAUUCGAAGUGGGCGGUCCACCCUCCUCGACUAAGUAUCUCUUCCUAGGCGACUAUGUGGACAGAGGUUAUUUCAGUAUCGAAUGCGUAUUGUACCUGUGGGCGCUGAAAUUGUGCCAUCCAACCACACUUUUCCUCCUCAGAGGUAACCACGAGUGCCGUCAUCUCACGGAAUACUUCACAUUUAAGCAGGAAUGUAAAAUAAAAUACUCCGAGAGGGUGUACGACGCGUGCAUGGAUGCCUUCGACUGUUUGCCGCUCGCCGCCCUCAUGAACCAACAGUUCCUCUGCGUACACGGCGGUCUGUCGCCCGAAAUUCACAAUUUAGAAGACAUUCGCAAACUGGACAGGUUCAAAGAGCCACCGGCGUUCGGGCCAAUGUGUGAUCUCCUCUGGUCGGAUCCUCUCGAGGACUUCGGCAACGAGAAGAACGCGGAACACUUUUCCCACAAUAGUGUCAGGGGUUGUUCAUACUUUUACAGUUACGCGGCGUGUUGCGACUUUCUGCAAAACAACAAUUUGCUCAGCAUCAUAAGGGCGCACGAGGCUCAAGACGCCGGAUAUCGCAUGUAUCGAAAGUCUCAGACGACGGGCUUCCCGUCGCUCAUCACCAUCUUUAGCGCGCCCAACUAUCUCGACGUGUACAACAACAAGGCAGCGGUUUUAAAGUACGAGAACAACGUGAUGAAUAUCAGGCAGUUCAAUUGCUCGCCACACCCAUACUGGUUGCCCAAUUUCAUGGACGUUUUCACAUGGUCCCUACCGUUUGUCGGCGAGAAAGUCACAGAAAUGUUGGUGAACGUGCUGAACAUUUGCUCGGACGACGAGCUGAUGAGCGACGGUGAUGACGCGCUCGAGGAAGUCGCCGCCAAAGUCGUUGUCCAAAAAAAGAAUGGUGCAGCAGCCAAUCUACGUAAGGAAGUGAUCAGAAACAAGAUCAGAGCCAUUGGCAAAAUGGCACGGGUGUUCUCCGUCCUGAGAGAGGAGAGCGAGAGCGUUCUGCAGUUGAAGGGCUUGACGCCGACUGGAGCUUUACCGCUCGGUGCAUUAUCUGGUGGCAAAACCUCUCUGAAAAACGCACUUCAAGGCUUCUCGCCGAAUCACAAAAUUACCUCGUUCGCCGAGGCCAAGGGCUUGGACGCUAUAAACGAAAGAAUGCCACCGAGGAAAGAUGCACCGCCUACGCCGGCGAACGAGGAGAAAUCCGUGGCAAAGCCGCCGCCUCCUGCGGGAGACAAGCGGGACCACAACAUGCCGCAACCGCAGUCGUGAGCCCCACACUCGUCCACUCAAGAUGGCGGAUGGAUGGAUGGGUCUUAAGACCCCGGCUAUCGCCGCCACCGAACAUUUGCAAACCAUUGCUCGUCUCUCCCCCUCCCCCCCCC